AUGUUAUUUGAGUAUUGUUGGUGUCCUCCGGUGCUGGUGGCUGGUGCGAUCAUUAAGCGUCCAACGCGUCCGUCCAACAGUCACACCUUGACCUGGGGCGAUCUGACGCUGACGGCGCCGCUUUCUGACCGACCUGGACCUGACGACCCGAGACACGAAGAGCGGCGCGACUUUCACAUCUGCACUUCCCGCGCUCUGUGUGAGAAUUUGAAGAGGCUUCGCGGCAAGCGUGUACAUAUCUUUCCCAGCAUCAAAUCACAUGCUUGGAACGAUUGCGCUCAAUGGAGCAAUGAUUUCCUGCGCUACGAAACGGUCCUUAAACGAUCUACCAACUGUUCGUCGGUUGAGUGCCAUUUCACCGAACCUGUGCUUGACCUGCCUCCUCAUCUUGUGUCCACAGAAGUGGCCCAUUUCUCUGGAAAACUGCUACUGCCAGUGAGACACUGUCCAGUAGAAGAUUGUGGAGGACAAUUGGUGGACCAUGUAUUGGUCUCCAGACAUGUCCUGAUUGUGGACCACUGCCUCCCUGGUAUGCCCAGGUGUCAGGAAGACCUUCUCAACUUAGAAAUCAAUGGUUUUAUUCCUGAAGAACUGCAAAUCACACAGCAAACAUACACCCUGUUUGGAGUUGUUGUCCGGGAGACUGAGGAUGUCCAUCAUAUUGUUCCAGACAUCAAUCAUGGCCCUCAACCAGAGAUGGCAAGAUUUUUGUAUGGAGAAACUAUUGACGUCAACUUUCCCUGGACUUGUCAUUGAAAAUGUAGCUGAUUCCUCUCCGACCUAUUUCUUCCUACAUCGUGAAGACGGAAUGUGGUGGAAAGUGUGUGGAGAGGCCACUAGACCUCAGAAUGAGCGCACUCACUUUGUGCCCACUCCAGACUUUCUGUACCGUGUGCAGUACAUCUACUACAUUAGAAAAAAACCGAUUAAUGUCAAUGAAUAAGGUAUUCAAUUUAAAGGGUCAUUAUAUAUUUGUUUGAACAGGAUAGAGAGAGAGGUUUUUAAGCUCACAUGUUCUUUCUUAAUCUGCUGAAAACGUAGAAUUUUGCAGUAGUGCUCUCGAGUUUAUUUAUGUUCUUUGCCUGCACAAAUGUGUAACAUAAUUUGAUUUGUUACUGAUAAGCGAUAAUUUAAUUACCAUGUAAUGUUCCGUAUCUGAUUUUGAAAUUUAUUAAUUUGCCAGCUCUAAAAUAUCAUAGUUUCAACAUAAUAGUUCUAAUUUUCAUGAACUUUUACGUUAUUUAACACUUUAAGUAAAUGAUACAAAAUAGUCUCCGAGAAAACAGUCCAAAAGUAUGAAGUUUAAUAUGUGACUGAGGAGAACUGCUGAAAGUGGAAGGAGUCCAACUUAAAACUCUACAUAUUAUGUAUAUUUGUAACUACCUUGGAUCUUCCAUCGCCACUGAUCUGAUUAAAUUUCAACCGUACGUCUGCUAACAAAAAAGAUGUUGUGCUCUCCGUGUUGAUAGUUAAAUUUUAAGUUCCUGAAAAGGGUUUAUUUUAAACAAGGUAUUUGAAAUUAAUGUAAAUAUGUGCCAAACUCUCAUUUCCAUCAUAUAACUAAUGUGACAUCUUGGACUCAAGGAUCAAGUGUCGAUUAACAUUUAUUAUCUGACUUUUAAGUACAGCUUUAGUUUUAAACCCUAGAUGAACAAUUCCUAAUUUUCAUUGUGAGUUUUGUUGCUGAAAACUACCAUUCCAUUUUUAAUUUAUUUCACAUAUUGUAUGCAAUUAAUAUGUAUACCACACCUCCAUAAAUAAAUGAUAUUGAGUAAAAAUAAAAAAGUUUGCUUUUGGGUCA